AUGGGAGUUCCAUCUCGCUGGCGCAGCUUUCGUGCUCUUGGACACGAGGCCAAAUCCGACUGUAGCCCUACGCCUGCUCGGUCCGCAGGUCGACAGGCUCAAACUCCAGAAUCAGUGAGAACAGUCCGUAGCCCUUUUUCGGGUCUGGCGCCACAUCUUGAGCGGGAGUCGAGCCAGCCCUCGACGCCUUGUCGACAUACAGCCCUGACGGCAGACGGGGGGGGUUGGUGGUUACGACGCCAACGGCUGUUGCGCGACACGCUGACAUGGUCGCUGUCGCGUGAAGAACCGGGCGACUUGAGUUCCCCUGGCGAGGGUUGCCGGCGACAAGCGGCGCCCAAAGAACAGACACAAACAAAGGGCGGGAAAAUGAGUGAAGAUGAAAUGGGUGACAUUGGGCACCAGGAAUGUGACAAAGAGGCGUAUGAAGAAAGUGGAUGGCCAGAGGCUGAGGAAGCGAAAUCCGGACUGGCCAAGUUGACGCGAGUUGGCGCAAAAUGCCCAGAACAUGGACUGGGCGAGAUUGCAUCGGCAGCGGAUAGAACGACAAUAUUGUGCGAAAAAUCUCGUCCACUCAUGUUGAGCGCGGCGGCAAUAUCAUCAUUCGGCUUGAAAGGCUUCAGAGCACGCCGACUGGCCGCCUCAAUGGCCUCCAUUGACCGAGGAGCACAAACUGGCAGUGCUAGUCAUGCGGAUGAUCGCAAUGUUCAUGAGGCCGACGAUUACGGUCAUGCAACCCAGCCAGCCGAGUGGGCGAAUGAGUUGGAAAAGGUGACAACCGAAGCGAUGGUAGCAUUUGAGGCUCCAGGAAAGUCGAUUAUUUCGAGCAAAGCGGUUGAGCAAACCAAAGCGACUACAAAAUGCAUCGUAACAACGUCAAAAGAGACAAGUACUAUCGCGAAUCUUGUGGCCGACAGCCAAUCUGCCAUUGACGCCAGCGGAGAACCGGCCAGACCGAGCAGGACUCGGCGUAGACGCCGAUUGACCUUGUUGCUUCUCAAUUAUCUGAAGCUGGCCAGAGCUCACAGCAUUGGUGACAGCAGUUCCCGUGGUGACGACGAGAGCAGUACUGGUGCCUCCGGCCGACUCGACAGCAGUUCUCCGCCACGCCGUUGGCACAGACUGGCCGUGGAGCCGGAAUACCAAAGUUCAGACCAGUCAAACUGGCGGACGGACAAGCGCGGAAGGCAAGAAGAAAGGUAUCGAGAAAUAUCGAGUACUGGUGUCAACGCGAAGCACAAUUAUGGUGCGAUUUCUCACAGCCUUGACGAGGAACCCAAGUGCCUCUACGACACAAAAGGCUCUCCUGGUAGUGUCGCUGAGUGUUUAGCGUGUCAAGCUCUCAUCCUGCACUGUCGCGGUUCGACUCCCGCUGAGUGUGUUGAUAAGACCAAAACUGCAGUCCACUCCAGCCGGGAUGAGAACAACGUUUGGGAAAGCAAGGCUAUGUGA